AUGGCUUACACUGCCGAUCUUGUAAAACUAGCCCAAAAGCUGGUUCGUGACGGGCCAUGCAAGAUUGAAAGUACUGCCCGCCGGGUACGCGGGCUUUUCAACGGCAUAUACGCCUUCGACACUACAAGCGCGCACCAUGUGUGGGAACUUGAACUGCGCUACCCACAAUUCUUCGUGCCUAUUUCGAGUUUCACAAAAGAUGCAAAGCUGUCCCAGGCAGACGCUGUAGAUGGCACAGAUGGAGCUGCACACCUGGGCACUCUCACCGUGGGCAAUCGCAUCAGCAACCGCAUUCUGCUUUUCCACACUGGCGUGCUCAAGGACCUCGUAAAAGUUGACUUUCGCGCAAUAGACCAGUGGUUUGAAGAAGACGUGCCGAUCUAUGUGCACCCGAAAGAUCCCUACAAGCGCAUCGACAUUUUACCGUCUUCUCGAACCGUAAAGGUCGCUGUUGACGGAGUGACGCUGGCAGAGACCUCAAACCCCCUUUUACUGCUCGAGACGACGCUGAGGACGAGGUACUACUUGCCACCGACAAGUAUAAACUGGGAGUAUCUUACCCCGAACGACAUGGUCACAGGGUGUCCGUAUAAAGGACAGGCCGAGUACUACGAUGCCACUGUCAAUGGAAAGGUGUGGAGGAACGUGGUGUGGUAUUAUAAGCAUCCUACAGCGGAGAGUGCACCGAUUGCGGGACAUUUGUGCUUUUACAAUGAGAUUGUGGAUAUCUGGAUUGACGGGGUCAAAGAGGACAAGUAG